AUGACAACAGAAGAAAAUGCUAACGCGAAGGAUAUCAUUAACUCCAAUUUCGAGGACAAUAAAGAGGAGCAGGUGAUCAUUGUAAAUGAGAAUAAUGAGUUCCAAGAAUUGAAAACGAGAAAAAUUAUGAGGACGCAGAAUUUGUGGCACAGAGCUACAUCCGUUUUUGUUUUCACCAAAAUAGGUGAAGACUAUUUUAUUUAUGUACACAAAAGGUCUAAGAUAAAGGACUACUGCCCGUCAUACUAUUCCAUUGGUUUCGGUGGAGUCGUUUCAGAGGGUGAAGAUAUGCUCGGAAAUGCUGUAAAGGAGUUGGAGGAAGAAAGUGGGAUAGAGAAGUCCCCCGAACAGCUUUUCGAUUUGGGUGUGGUCAAAUGUGACACGGAAUGCUCCAGAUGCUUUAUUGGUUCCUACGUUGUCUUCAUCGACCCCGACUUCCAGACCACCCCCCAGCUGAAUGAAGUCGAAUUUAUCACCCGCAUUCCGCUGGACGAAUUUGACGAAUUCUUACAAAAGGAGAAGUUCACAGUUAUAAGCAAAACCGUGUAUAACCACCUCAAGCACAAAAUGACUAAAUCCGCCUUAGACGAGAUAUACAAGAAAAUCAACUAG